AUGGCAAAGUCACUUAAUUUAGAAGAGAAUUGCUUGUCAGACAAGUUUAUUGACGGAGCACGAAUGAGAGCCAGAUUCAAUUUCUAUCCAAGGUGUUCAAGACCUGACCUGGUUCUUGGUGCCAAGCCUCAUACUGAUAGGUCAGGCAUCACAGUUCUCUUGCAAGACAGAGAAGUGGAAGGACUUCAAGUUUUCAUAAACGACAAAUGGUUUACAGUCCCCAUAGUUCCUGAUGCACUUGUUGUUAAUCUCGGAGAUCAAAUGCAGAUAAUGACUAAUGGGAUAUUCAAAAGUCCAUUGCACCGGGUAGUAACGAACUCAGAAAAGUUAAGGAUCUCUGUGGCCUUAUUCAAUGAACCAGACCCAGAAAAAGAGAUUGGACCCAUGGAUUCUUUGGUGGAUGAGCAAAGACCAAGAUUGUACAGAAAUAUUAAGAAUUAUGGUGUCAUCAACUUUGAAUGCUACCAGAAAGGGAAGAUAGCACUUGACACAAUGGCAUCACUUUUCAAGAGUGUGCAAGAGAUGUCCAUUGAUGGUGAUGAACCACCACCAAAAUACUUUGCCAAAGAAUGCUGUUAUGCACCUACGGAAAUGUCCUCAGUGUCGACCACAAUUCCAGUUUUUGAUGUCAGUCUCUUCACUUCAACUUCAUUGAUUGCUUCCAAAAGAGAAGUAGAAGAUGCACUAGAGGAUCUAAGAUCAACUCUUGGCUCUGCUGGAUUCUUCCAGGUGAUAGGACACGGGAUGUCAGGUGCAUUCCUUGAUAAAGUGAGGGAAAUUGCACAUCUUUUUUAUUCACUUCCCGGGGAAGAAAAGCAGAGGUAUACACGACCAGUGAAUGAAGAGGAAGGGUAUGGGAUCGACAGGAUAGUUUCAGAAACACAAGUUCUCAACUGGUCCCAUCGCCUAGUUCUUCAGGUGUUUCCAGAAGAUAAAAGAAGGAUGAAUCUUUGGCCAGAUGAUCCAAGUGAUUUCAGAGAGAUCUUACAUGAAUAUGCAAUGAAAGUAAAAUCACUGAUGGAGCUUCUUUAUAAGGCCAUGGCAAGGUCACUGAAUAUAGCAGAGAACAGCUUUUCAGACCAGUUUGGUGACGGAGCGCUGACGAGAGCAAGGCUCAAUUUCUAUCCAAGGUGUUCUAGACCUGACCUUGUUCUUGGUCUCAAGCCUCAUACUGAUAGGUCAGGGAUUACAGUUCUGUUGCAAGACAAGGAAGUGGAAGGCCUUCAGGUUCUCAUAAAUGACAAAUGGGCUAGAGUCCCCAUAGCUGCUGAUGCUCUUGUUGUCAAUCUUGGAGAUCAAAUGCAGAUAAUGAGUAAUGGAAUAUUCAAAAGCCCUUUGCACCGUGCAGUGACCAACUCGGAGAGGCUGAGGAUCUCUGUUGCCUUAUUCAAUGAACCAGACCCAGAAAAAGAGAUUGGACCGGUGGAUGGCUUGGUGGAUGCGCAAAGACCAAGAGUAUACAGAAAUGUUAAAAAUUAUGCUCCCAUCUACUAUGAGUGGCACCAGAAAGGCAAGGCAGACAACAUCGAAGGGGCUGUAAUUGUGUGA